AACCCAGCGAACCAACCCGAUUCAUCUCAAGCUAUAUAAGAGACUGAAAACCCUCUUCAAAACCCUAAUACCGCCCCGGGUGAGGUUGUAUACUCCUCCACCCUCGAUCCAGCUUCCCAUCCCUCUCCCUCACCUUCAUUUACGCUUUUACUGAAUUACCUUAGGCAUCAGAAAUGGGCGAGUCAAGCAAGCAAACUAAUGUUCAGGUCGCACCUGCUGUUUCAGCAUUAUCAGGAAACCCUGGCAAGAGGGGUGCUGAAAAGGUUUUAGAUAAAAUUGUGAUAGCCAAGAAGCAGAAGAAAGAAAUUGAGAUGGUUGCCCAAGAUGAUAUCAAGGCUCCACAGGAGGUCCCAUCAAAAGGGGAACCAGAAACUAACAGUUCAGAUGACGAAUUUUCAUCUGAUUCGGAAGAAGAGCAACCAGCUAAAACAGUCUCUGCUCCAGCUAAAAGUGAUGCAUUUGCCAGUAAGAAUGGUUCUGUUGGUGCUGUAACCAAAAGAGGAGAAGAAAGUAGCAGUUCAGAAAGGGAUUCUGAUGAGGAUAAAGAAGAUAUAGCUGAAGCAGCAGAGAAGCAUACAGCACCAGAUACUAACCUGGAAAAGAGACAAGAAUCGUAUCUAUUUGAAAGUGAUGCUGACGAGGAUGAUGCAUUUGAAGGCAGCAGUAACUCUGAGGAAUCAUUUGAGAAAUCUUCAGAUGAGGAAAGUGAAGAUGAGAAACCAUUGAAAAUUCCAAACAAGAAUAAGGAUGUGAAGAUGAAGGAUGCAAUAGUUGAUAGUGCUCAGAAGCAAACUAAAAAGUCUGAAAAGAAAGUGCCAAAAACUUCUACAGUACAAAAUCCAACAUCUGGAUCUCAAACAUUAUAUGUUGGCAACUUGUCCUAUGAUGUUGGUCCGCAUGAUCUAUCAGAAUUUUUCAAAGGGGUAGGGGAAGUCGUUGGUGCCCGUUUGGCUACAAGAGGUAAAGGUAGCUCCAAGGGAUUUGGUCAUGUUGAUUUUGCUACCGAGGAAGAUGUUAAAAAGGCACUUGAAUUAAAUGGCCAGGAGUUUUUUGGGCGUCCACUCAAACUUGAAGUUGCUCGUGGAAGGGAUUCAAAUACCCCUCAGAGUGGCAACGAAAAGGGCAGCAAAGAUCAGAGUCAUACCAUAUUUGUAAAAGGUUUUGAUAAAUCACUUGGACAGGAUAAGAUUAGGAAUUCCCUUCAAAAGCAUUUUGGAUCAUGUGGAGAGAUCGCUCGUAUAUCUGUACUCAAGGACCAUGAAAGUGGUGCCCCUAAAGGGAUGGCAUUUGUGGAUUUCAAGGACCAGAUUGCUUUCAAAAAGGCAUUCGAGCUCAAUGGUUCUGAACUUGACGGAUAUACCCUAACCAUUGACGAAGGAAAGCCAAAAGGUGACAAUAGCAAUGGUAAAGGCAAAGGUAAAGGUGGUGGGAAAUUUAGUGGAAGAGGUGGUGGACGAGGUGGGAGAGGCGAUCGUGGUAGAGGACGCGGCUCCGGUGGUAGGGGCAAGGGUCGUGGUGGUGGACGAGGUGGGAGAGGUGACCGCAGUAGAGGACGUGGCUCUGGUGGUAAGAGCAGGGGUCGCGGUGGUGCAGAGAGGAAUUCCAGUGAUGGCUAGGCAUGCUAGGAUUUUUUGGCUGAAGGAUCCAACGGUGGGCCUAGCAGACAACAACUAUUCUUGCCUUUUGUUUUAGUUUGUGAGCUAAAGAGUCACAACGACAAUUUUCAUUUCCUGAAUGCUUGUUCAAAUUUGACUCUUCUACCGUUGCCUUUUGUUUUAGUUUGUGAGUUAAAGAUUCACGGCGACAAUUUUUAUUUCC